AUGACGGCCCCGAAGAAGCUUAGAGCAACCGUGGCGGCCAUCGCGGCGGUGUAUUUCUUAAUGGUGUUUUUCCGCUCGUUGACCCCAGCAGAUACCAAGACGUACACUGAGCACAAUAGCAGCAGGCUUCUGAAACAACGAAAGCAGGAGCAGCAUGUCAAUUGGAAACAGCAUGCCGUGGAUGUUAACACUAAUAAUCUCAACAGACUUCCCGAUGUGGCCACAGUGCGCCAACAAUUGAGCUUUCAGUUCCCUUAUGAACCGAGAAAGGGUUUCCAGAAGAACAUUUGGCAGACUUGGAAAGUGGGUGUUGAAGAUAGCACUUUCCCACAAAAGUAUAAGCGAUUCCAAGGCGUGUGGACCUCCCAAAACCCAGGUUACAAGCACUAUGUGAUCACAGACGAGCAGUGUGACUUGAUGAUCAACGACUUGUAUGCUGGUGUGCCUGAUGUGAAAAAGGCAUGGAAUUUGAUGCCCAAAAGCAUAUUGAAAGCUGACUUCUUCAGGUACCUUAUAUUGUACGCUCGUGGUGGGGUUUACUCUGACAUAGAUACGCAAGGCUUGAAACCCAUAGAUGAGUGGCUCUCGGCCAAUGAGUCUGUGUAUGGCCAGCCCAACACUGCAGGCUUGGUAGUGGGCAUAGAAGCUGACCCAGAUCGCCCAGACUGGAACGAGUGGUACGCUCGUCGGAUCCAGUUCUGUCAGUGGACGAUCCAGGCUAAGAAGGGCCAUCCUCAGCUACGUGAGUUGAUUGCGAAAAUUACCGAUAUCACGCUUACAAGAGACAAAAAGGGCCAGCUAAAUAAGGUCUUGGGUAAGGAUGAAGGUGGUGAUAUCAUGAACUGGACGGGACCCGGGAUUUGGACAGACUCUGUCUUUGAGUACUUAAACAACUUGGCCCAGCCGGCUUCAAAUAGAGAAAAAGGCGUGGUGGAGACCAUAGUGGAUUGGAAUAUGUUCACGGGACUCGAAACGCCAAAGAUCGUCGAGGACGUGAUGGUGCUCCCCAUCACAAGCUUUUCGCCCGACGUGGGCCAGAUGGGAGCAAAAUCGUCCAAUGAUCCCAUGGCCUAUGCUAAGCACAUGUUCCUGGGAUCAUGGAAGAACGAUGAAAAGUGA